AUGGUUCUAUCAAAUUAUACUACAACUUUACUAUUUAAUGGUCAAAUUCUCCCGUCCCAAAUUGCAGACACAUAUAUGAUUCUGGUAAUUGGCUGGAUUAUGCUAUUGGCCUCACUUCUCAGAAUGCCUAUGAAUCUUCGUGUUCUUCAAAGCUUUUGCAAACAGAAAAUUUCAAGUUUUUAUCUUAUGUGCUCUUCUAAAACUCUAUCCAUCAUGUGCAUUUUAUUGGGAUACGUGCUCCAUAAUGCUCUGAACAACUUCGAUGGUCCGACUUUCAUCAACAUCCUUGUCAAUGAAAUGGUGAGCUAUGGAAUCUACCCUAUAGUUCAAUUUAUGAUUUCUAUGAAUCGAACUUUUCAAAACAAACUUUUCGUUCUAGAAAUUUUUGAGAAACUUUGA